UGAUACAAUGACUCAUGGCACCCCAGUCGUCGAUCAUCUCCACGAGUCCCACCUUCCUUCUUAAAUUCCUUCACCUUCCCAUCUAACUCUCAAACUCCUUGCUAAGUAGCCUUGUAACCUCCCCUCCUCUUUCUUCCAUAAAUUCAUUAGGGCUCUGUCUCUAUUCUUCACUACAUGCUUAUCUUCUUUCUUUAUUUAUAAUUAUAUAUCUUCAUUGUUUAGCAUAUGUUACCCAAAAACAUGCCAAAUUUCUCCUCACAUUCAUCGUUGGUGUUGUUGGUUGCUCUUUGUUUGUGCUGUACCUCAUAUGCGACCUCCAGUAGCGAUGAUUUUCUGCGAGCUGAGUGCUUAAAUGUGCCUGCAGCCGAGUUUGUAGGCUCUCUAAGAACCACCAUUGAUGCUGUAAGAAAAGUGACCUCCAUCGUCUCUCAGCUUGGAAGCUUUUUUGGUGAUUUUCGACUUUCUAAUGCCGUCUCUGAUUGCCUUGAUCUGCUGGACUUUUCUGCUGAUGAGUUGAGCUGGACUCUGUCUGCUUCCCAGAAUCCUAAGGCUAAACAAAACAGCACUGGUGAUCUAAGUUCCGAUUUGAGGACAUGGCUGAGUGCCGCAAUGGCUAAUCAGGAGACAUGCAUUGAUGGGUUUGAGGGUACAAGUAGCGUGAUCAAAACUGUAGUGGCAGGGAGCCUUAAUCAAGUCACGUCGCUGGUCAGUGACCUUCUCACCAUGGUGCACCCGGGUCCCAGUUCAAAAUCGAAUGGAGGUGCCAGCAAUGGUGGUAACAAAGGAGGAGGAGGAGGCGCUUCUGGGGGUCAUCCGGGCCAGAAACUAGCAAAUAAAAGGAACCAAUUUCCAUCAUGGGUGAAAAGGGAGGACAGAAAACUGUUAGAGGUAAACGGGGUAACAGCUGAUGUUGUGGUUGCAGCAGAUGGGACUGGAAACUUUACUAGCAUAAUGGAUGCAGUUGCUGCAGCACCCGACUACAGCAUGAGCAGAUAUGUUAUUUACAUUAAGAAGGGUUUAUAUAAAGAGAAUGUAGAAAUUAAGAAGAAGAAAUGGAACCUUAUGAUGGUUGGUGAUGGAAUGGACGUUACAGUAAUAUCCGGAAAUCGAAGCUUCAUUGAUGGUUGGACCACGUUUCGAUCAGCAACUUUUGCUGUAAGUGGAAGAGGAUUCAUAGCGAGAGACAUAACAUUUGAGAACACAGCAGGGCCCCAGAAACACCAAGCAGUGGCAUUGCGAUCCGACUCUGACCUGUCAGUCUUCUUCCGAUGUGCUAUUAGGGGCUACCAAGAUUCGCUCUAUACUCACACAAUGCGCCAAUUUUUCCGGGAAUGUAAGAUCACUGGCACUGUGGAUUUCAUUUUUGGUGAUGCAACUGUGGUCUUCCAGUACUGUCAAAUCCUAGCCAAGCAAGGUCUACCAAACCAGAAAAACACGAUCACCGCGCAAGGCCGAAAAGACCCGAACCAACCUACAGGCUUCUCUAUUCAAUUCUGCAAUAUCUCAGCUGAUACAGAUUUGUUACCUUUCGUAAACUCCACUGCUACAUACCUUGGAAGACCCUGGAAGCUGUAUUCAAGAACUAUUCUCAUGCAAUCCUACAUUAGUAAUGCCAUAAGGCCAGAAGGGUGGCUUGAGUGGAAUCAAGAUUUUGCUUUGGACACAUUAUACUAUGCAGAGUUCAUGAAUUUUGGGCCAGGGGCUGGUCUUGGUAGCAGAGUUAAGUGGCCUGGCUACCAUGCCUUAAAUAACUCUGCUCAAGCCGCUAAUUUUACGGUGGCUCAAUUCAUUAAAGGAAACUUGUGGUUACCGUCAACUGGCGUUAAAUACACAGCAGGAUUGGGGGUAUAAUGAAGCAAUCGAUGUAACUUCAUUAAUGUAUUUAAUGUAGCAUAUCUUUUUCAUAUAUUAUUAGUGAUAAGUUUUGUGUAGAAUCCUUUCUUUGACGGGUUUCAACUUUCAAGUCUCUUAUCUUUGUAUCUCUGUCAAAAGAUCUCCAAUUAGCAGUCAUGACUCACCGAGGGAUCAAUCUGCAUAAUCAAGCCCUGACGGCCUCUGAAUUCUGAGAGAGGAUUGUUCGUGUAGACAAGUGAUUGCAAUUUUUCUGAAUAUUGUAAUGAAAAUUGAAAGCCGAGAUGUGAGAUGAGUUGGUUUUAUUGUGGAAAAGAGGAUGAAAUUUCACUCUUUCUCAUGAUAUUUAAACCACUUAACCAAUUAUAAAAGCUUAUGAUUUGUAAAA